CUGUUGCAGUGAAGUGAAUUGAGUGUAGAACAAUUGUUUUGGAGCGAUAGGGGCAGGUCAUUAAAGAAGAGGAGUUCAGUGGAUACAUUUUUAAGCGUACACAUAGCAAUCAUGCAAGCGGGCCGAGAAUUUGUGCUAUUUGCAAGUGUAGCUGUUACGUUGUUCGGGCUUGUGGCCAGCAGUGGAGUGAUAAUUUAUGGGGCAGCCAAACUUCCCAAAGACGUUUUGAACAGCAUUGAAGAAACGAGAAAAGCUAUGGGUUGUAAUGCCCAUGUUCUUCCAACUGUUGGUAAGAAUGUACUCCUUUUUAUAGCUGAAAGAUUAGGCAUGGAUUAUUAACUAUUUUUAUUUAUACUGGAUAGCUCUAUCAGUUCUAAACUGUUCUCUCUAGUAGAGGUCCAGUAAGGAUCAUCUCUUAUUGAUCCAGUGUUACUACAGGAGGAAACCUAAACUAAACUAACUUUAUUUAUACUGGAUAGUUCUAUCAGUUCUAAACUGUUCUUCCUAGAGGUCCAGUAAGAGUCAUCUCUUAUUGGUCCAGUGUUACUACAGGAGGAAACCUAAACUAACUUUAUUUAUACUGGAUAGCUCGAUCAGUUCUAAACUGUUCUUCCUAGAGGUCCAGUAAGAGUCAUCUCUUAUUGAUCCAGUGUUACUACAGGAGGAAACCUAAACUAAACUAACUUUAUUUAUACUGGAUAACUCUAUCAGUUCUAAACUGUUCUUCCUAGAGGUCCAGUAAGAAUCAUCUGUUAUUGAUCCAGUGUUACUACAGGAGGAAACCUAAACUAAACUAACUUUAUUUAUACUGGAUAGCUCUAUCAGUUCUAAUCUGUUCUUCCUAGAGGUCCAGUAAGGAUCAUCUCUUAAACUUAAAAAAAUAGAACGCUGACUUUUUCGCGUUCUCUUUUUCUGUCGUAAACAACUUCAUAUACUGAAGUUUGUUCCAUAUAUGGAGAAAGACGUGGAAACAGAUUUUAAAAAAUGCUGAUUUUAAAAAAUUUACGAAUAUCUUAGAGGUAACUGUUCACAAUUUUAGCACUUUUCAGCAUUAUUUUGAGCGCUUUUUGAGCACUAUUUUUAGCACUUUUUAGCCAUUUUUGCGAUUUUACCAGCGCACAAUCGAGAAAGGCCUAUCAGGUAGUUCAGACACAAACCAUGACAGUUUAUGGUAGAAUACUGCCUACACUAGACCACCACGUUUGAAAUUUCUUUUUCAGGGGGGAGAAUAGGGGUAUACAAAUCCGCCGAUUUGAAGCAAAAUCCAUGAUCCGAUCCAAAAUAUUAGAUAAAUCCUCAAUAAGAUCCGAAAUCGGUGUAAAACAUUCGCCAGAUCCGAAACUGGACGAAGUAUACAUUAAUAUUCAAAAUGGCGGCAGCGCAAUCACCGCCCAAAAGACAAACGAACUAUGGAUUGAAGAGAAGACUACCCAAACCCUACUGGCUCGAGUUCCUUUGAAUUCGUCCAAAAACGGCUACCGUGCUAUAAAAAUGCGAGGUGUCUACAUGGGCUGGCUGGCAAGCAACAAACGAAGGGGCUUUUUGAAUGUGAAACUGUCCUUAACCCAAAAACAUUUACUGAAGAAUCUUUUCAAGUCCAAAUCUUAUUUUGUGAUUUACACGUCUUCAUUAGCUGGACAAGGUGCAUCUCCGAAGUGCGAGUCUUUUUACGUCACCAUUAAGCCACAGAUCCCACUAAACACGGCGAAUUUCCGUACGAAAGUUUGCUCGGCGCCCGAUGAGAUAUCAUUUCCUUUCAACGGUUCCAGUUUCUUUGACAUGGGUAUGGCCCUACGAAAAUCGUUGAAGGAUAAUCCGAUUCCGAGAAACGCAGCCGUUCUACGAAAUCCGAAGUGUUGUCACGCCACCAAAGCGACUUCUAGGAAUUUUGCCAAAAUUGACAAACUUACAAUCCGUGUUGUGAAACUUGCCAACGUGGAAAUCACGGAAUGCGGUUGUGGAACGGUUUAA